AUGUGCACCCAAAAUUACACAACCUACCUCGCCUGCAACCACACCUACCCCAGUCACAAAACACUCUGCCCCGAAGCCCGAGCCGGUAUCCCGCUCCAAGCACGCACAGGCUGUGGCGCACGACUCCAUAUCCUCCGGGAUAAGAUCCGCGGGGCAGCCGAGACGCGGAAAAGCACAUCCAAAUACGUGCAGGGAUUGGGUUCGGCGGGGACCGUGAACGGGGACAGGGACGGGGACGGAAAUGGGAAUGGGAAUGGGAGUGAGAGGGAGAGGGAGAGUGGGUGUCAGGACCAUGACCAGGACCAGGGAGGACGGUGGAAUAUGAGGGGAUUGAAUUGGUGGAUGGGGUUUCGGAUCCCUGAUGAGAGACGGGUUGAGCGCGAGGGACUUUGUGCGGAUUGUUCGUGGAUGUUGAAGGUGGAGAUGGGGAGGGUGUUGAGGGGGUGGGAGAUGGGAGAUGAGAAGAGAGACAGACGUGAGAGAGGAAUGGACGGUGGCGUGGAUUCGAGGGCGAGAGAUGAGACCGAUGGUGGUGAAUGUGAAGGUGGUGGCCGUUUCCCUUCGACAGCGGAAGAUGGGAGAAGUCCGGAUAGCAAGGAAAGCAGUGCUGGUGGUAUGUGGGCACGGCUGUUCUCGUGA